GAUUUAGCCUCCGAGCGGCUGAACGGCAGAGCCCGCGUUUCCAAAGACAGAUCCAUCCUGCAGGUGCUUGACAGAAACACCGGAGCCUGGUCCUGCAUCUGCCACGACCACUUCAACCUGGUGCUGGCGAAAGCAGCCUGCAGGCAAAUGGGCUACAGGAGGAUCUGGCUGGUCUCUGCGCUAGAAGCCCUGGCAGCUCCCCAUGUCGUGCUGAGCAACGGCAGCCUCCAGAUGCCCGAGCCGGGCAGGAAAUGCCUCUCUGGAUCCGUUGUUUCGCUCUUUUGUUCCAGCUGCGGGGAGAGCGUAAGGACCCCGCGUGUGCUGGGCGGGAGCCCGGCCGCCAUCGAGGCUUGGCCGUGGCAGGUCAGCUUGCAGUACAGGAAGGAGCACAUCUGCGGGGGCAGCAUCGUCGACCCCGGCUGGGUCCUGACGGCAGCGCACUGCUUCAAGAACAACCCCAUCGUGGAGAGCUGGCGCGUGAAGUUCGGCUCCAACCUCCUGUCGGGCACCACCACCCUCGCCGUGGAGAAGGUCUUUCUGGCUGAGGUGACGCCUGCGUCUCCCAAGGACAACGACAUCGCCCUGGUGAAGCUGCAGUCUCCCCUGCGUGUCUCAGACAGCAGCAAGCCCAUCUGCCUGCCCUAUUUCGACGAGGAGCUGGUGCCGGGCACAUCCCUGUGGGUGACGGGCUGGGGCUACACGCAGGAGCAUGGCAAACUGUCGGAGACCCUGCAGCAGGCGGAGGUGAAACUCAUAGACAGGGAGAGCUGCAACCUGGCCGCCUACCACGGCGCCGUCACCGAAAAGAUGCUGUGUGCCGGCCUGCCCCAAGGCGGGGUGGACACCUGCCAGGGGGACAGCGGCGGGCCCCUGCUGUACUCGGGUGGGCACUGGCAGGUGGUGGGCAUCGUCAGCUGGGGCCAGGGCUGCGGGACCCCCAGCACGCCCGGCGUCUACACCAGCGUCCGUGCUUACCUCAACUGGAUCUACGCCGUCCGGAGG